GGUAUUCCGGGUGGUCAGGCAGCUCUACAACGCCUCUAUCAGGAUGUACAAGAGCCGCUGCUGAACAGUGCGACUAGUUCGUUUGCAAAUAAUCCAUUCGCAUCACUCGUUGAUAAUUCAUCAAAUACAACAUCGCGAAGUCAACGUGCUGGAGUGGAGAAUGCAGAAGCACUGCCGAAUCCUUGGGGUGGUUCUUCGGGUGCCACUCAACCUACGAACACAACGGGGAACACUGGCAGCACAGGCGGCGCAAAUACUAGUGAGACAACGCAGUCACCGAAUUUCAUGGCUGAUAUGUUGAACUCGCCGGGCAUUCAAAAUCUAACACGUCAACUAUUGUCCGAUCCAACACUGGCUCAGCAGCUACUAGGUGGUGAAACGAUGAGCAAUGUGGCACAAAUGCUGCAGCAAAAUCCGACUUUGAUUCAGCAGAUGCUCGCAUCAAAUCCAAUUUUUGCAAACAAUCCGGCAAUGCAACAACAAUUGCAAGCAAUGAUGCCACAGCUGAUCAAUUCGCAAAGGUUAAACACUCGAACUUAUUUUGUAUUUGUUAUUGAUUCGCAGAUACAACGCCCAGAAACGAUUCAAGCGAUGAGCAACCCGAGGGUACUCGAGGCAAUCCAACAAAUCCAACGCGGUAUGGAAACAUUGCGUCGUGAAGCACCACACCUCCUUCCUACCGGAAUGCCAGUGUGA